CCUGCGCUUCAGCCAUUUGCGGCGCCUGGCAUCGCACCGCCGCUGCCGCUCCGCUUCUCUUUCCCAGUUCUCCCCCGCCAGCUCCCGCUCUGGUGGGUAAGCCGGCGGGAGCUUCCCCAGAGCGACGCGGGGCUCGCUGGCCGUUGCUGAAAGGGUGGAUGUUUAUGAGGAGUGGUGCUAUGAAGAAAUCUUCACGAAGGUCAUGUAAAGGAAAACUUGGUUAGUGGGGAAUCUCUGUCCGGAAUAGACUACAGGCACCACCUUCCACUGAAAGAGUUGCACAAGGUGAUGGCCGCAUCGCUGCGGCCUGGAGCCUUCAGCAGAACCACGGCACCUCGGAGGCGCAGCUAGCGCGGCUCAAUGGAAGGCAGCGGUGCGGCGGAGGAGGAGGAGAGCGGGGCCGGCCACCACGCCCCGCCGCCGCCGCCACCACCCACCCCGGCUGCUCCCUGCGGCUUUAGCUCCUCCCUCUGCUUCAGCGCCGCUGCUGCCGAGCCGCUGCCGCCUGUUGACGGCGGACGGGUGGUGGAGAGCCAGUGGCAGAUCAACAACACCGGCGGCCAGCCUGAGGAGGAGGAUGAGGCGGCGGUGGGGACGCGGGACCGGCCGGCUGAGGAGCCCGACCUGGUGAUCGAGGUGUCGGGGCGUCGCAUCCGGGCGCACAAGUCAGUGCUGGCAGCCAAGAGUGACUACUUUCGUGCUCGUGCCUCUCGGGAUGUCCUGCGAGUGAAAGGCGUGAGCUACGGCGCCCUGCGGCUUCUCAUCGACUACGUGUACACGGCCCGCAUGGGCGAGGUGCGGCACGACAACCUGGCCGAGGUAGUGAGUGGUGCCCGCGUCCUCCAGAUGCCUUGUGCCCUGCACUGUGCUGCCGAAGCCAUGCGCGCCCAGCUCCGCCUCGACAACUGCUACCAGCUUCUCUGCCUGGCCAAGAAACAGCGGCUGGCGGAGCUGCGUGAAGCUGCCUACCGCUUCAUGAGCGACCACUACCUGGAGGUGCUGCGGGAGCCCAGUGUCUAUGGCCGCCUCAGUGGCACGGAGCGGGACCUCAUCCUGCAGCGGCGCAUGGAAGCCGGCCGGCCCUGCUUGCUGGUGGCCGAAGUCAGCGAUGCCUUCGAGAGACCGGGUGGCGGCAGCCGGCCACAGAGCCGUGAGAGCAGCCGGCCACAGAGCCCGUCCUCUGUGGUCUCCCUGGAAGAGAACAGCUCCCUCAUCCACUGCUACCAGGAGGGCAGCGGUGAGUGGAGGGUUCUGACACGCCUACCCGAGGAGGCCAAUGCCAAGGGCUGUGCCAUGUGCGUCCUCCACAACUACCUCUUCCUUGCAGGGGGCAUUGCGUCGGGUGGCGAGCCCCGGGCCCGCCUUUCUGACAAGGUCUUCUGCUACAACCCCCUUACUGACACCUGGAGCCAGGUGCGGCCACUGGCUCAGGCCCGCUCACAGCUUAAGCUUCUGGCCCUGGACGGUUACAUCUAUGCUGUGGGGGGUGAAUGCCUCUUCACUGUGGAGAGGUAUGACCCACGGGCUGACCGCUGGAGCCCUGUGGCACCCCUGCCCAAGGGUGCCUUUGCUGUGGCUCAUGAGGCCACCACUUGCAAUGGAGAGAUCUAUGUCUCGGGAGGCUCCCUCUUCUAUCGCCUGCUCAAGUAUGACCCUAAACGUGAUGAGUGGCAGGAGUGCCCUUAUAACAGCAGCCGCCGACGCUCUGCUGACAUGGUGGCCUUCAAGAGCUUCAUUUACCGCUUCGAUGUGAGCAGCAGCCGUGGCGGGGAGCAGGGCCCAGGCGGGGGGACUGGUGGUGGUGUUGAGGUUUUCCGGUACAACACGGUGGCCAAACGCUGGAGCCAGUGUGCCAGCCUGCGGCCCAGCGGUGGCCCCAUCCAGCCCUUUCGCUGUGCUCCCUUGGGCAACACCAUCUACUGUGUCAACCGGACUGGCACUCUCCGCUUCAGCCUAGCACAGGAUGGUGAGGUGGAAGCAGAUGGUGGGCUCAAGGGCACCUUUGACACAGAGCUUCUUAAAGCACCCUUAGAUGUGAAGGGUGUCCUUCUACCCUUUGUACUCACCCUGCCUGAGAGGAUGGACAAAGCAGGGGACCAGGAGGGCUCAUUCCCACUGUGAGUGGCCAGCCUGGCUCUGGCUUCCCAAGUGGGGAGCUGGAUUGCAGCUCUGGGGGACCCACAAACUUCCCCCACAGAGGGCAGGUUCUCUCACAUGUCUGUGGAGGGAAGGGGCUCUCCCUUUCCUCUUCACUCCCAACACGUUGAGCUGGAACGCUUAGUUGUAACGUGGUUGUAGCUCUUUGCUGUGCUUUGUGUGAAAAGCCAAGCACAAGAAAGGAAAAGCUGCUGUGAAUGAUAAUCUCUGGAUUACGUUUGUGCCAAUUCCCAAUCUUCAGAAAAACGUUUUUACAUCUGGAUUAAAAAAAAAAAUUCCUGACACCAGUGUCAUACUGGGAUGUUACCACUAGUGUUGGUCAUGUGUUCACACCUAGUUGCACUCAGGGCUGGAGCCUUUUCUGCCGUUUGCUUUCUUUCUCUCUGGGAUGAUACUGAGGGACAAACACUGCUGGCAGCGUAGCUUAGCUGCAUUUGGUUUUGUUAAACCAAAUAUUUCCUGUGUUAGAAAAGUAUAGGAAGAACAUUUCCCAUCACAGCCUUUCAUUUCUGGUGCAGUAGAUGGCUUAAGGAAGAUGUGGCACUGUGUGGUGCCAGGAAUUUCAACCAUAAAUGAUAUAACAGGUACCAGACUUGAAGUUUUAAGUAAUGCAAUUGUGUGCCACAUGUUUCUAUUUGGAACACAAAAAGGAAAAGACAAGUUAUCUUCUAAAAAUGUGGCACGUCAUAGCAGACGUGAAACGUUUAUAUGUUCUUUAUUGGAAAACGGCAGUGGUUUCUGUCUAAAAAGAUGUCAUUUUGUUGCCCUUUUUAUCUGAGAUUUUAAGUUAUAACAAAACCGAACUGAAGCUGUUCCAACGUCCAGCGAUUGACAUGACCAUGUAUGCCACUAGAGUCGGAGGAAAUAUUUGUACUUCAGCUGCUCUUUAAUUAACUGCAGGUCAAGGAAGAUUAACCUAAACCAAAUGUAAAUCCUUUGAAACUGACUGCAGACAGCUUCAAUGUUUCACUGGAUGUUCACUGUCCUGUGGCAAGUGGCUUUUCCAACUUAGUGCAAGAUGACCAUCAAACGAGGACCUGAAAAAUAGGAAUGUGAUACAUAUGUCAAUUAUAUUGUGCACUAGCAUGAUGUUAUUUCCCAUAUUUUAGUUGAGAGACUGCUUUAUUUAUUUUGAUCUAACAAUUGCUGUAAUCCAUAAGUCAUUGUUAAUUGCAGUACGUGCUACUGGCCUGCACUGUCAGUGGGAUUCUGAACUGCCCCUGGAGUGCGGUUUGUGGAGCAGCAUCCCAAUGAGACAAAAACCAUACAAAACUUCUUCCUGCCUGUGGAAAGCUAGAGCAUACUUUCUGUCAUGUUACUCAGAAAUGGAAAAGUGUGAACUGUCUACACAGACUGUACUGAAAAGGGCACAUGCAUUUAUUUUAUACAUUUUAUAGAAAAAUCAGUAGGCAAAGCAAAUGUUUUAGCUUUAUGAUAAAUCACUGAGAAACCUCUUCAGGGGGAAAAAAAAAAGAGAACCAGUGUUUUUGCUAUUGGUUUUUCAGCCUGGAACUGGCAUGAACUGGGGAAGGGGGUUGUUUAUACUCAAAGCUCUAAUGUAUAUUCAUAUUUUUAGAAAGACAUAGGGACCUUACAUCAAAGAAAGCAGAUCUUUUUAUGUUUUAUUAAGAUGCUUCUGUUAAGCAGGACUUUAGCAUUCUUAUAUGUUACUGCUAGUUCCAAAGCAUGGCAGCAGGGCCUGUCCUAAGAGACACCAUCGUCACAAAAAAAGAAUAGUGAAGUUUAUAGAUGCUUCUUUCCUUCACUUUCAUGUUUGUGGUUUGGUUUAUUUUUCUUUUCUUUUCCUUUUCUCCAUCUGUCUUGCACAGGGUUUUAAUGCAGCUGAUCUGUAGAAAACAGCGGUCCAGUCCUAAAAGUUCUUAGUCAAGCAAGACUCUUCGCUAGUGAGCUAAUUAAAGCAUCAGCCAUGUAGGAGCAGAGUGUGACAUGUAUCUUAGCCUUUGUACAGUUGAUGUGGUGGAGUUUAAUACCAGAGAUGGCAUAUUCACUAGUGAGUGGCA